UUUCUUUCUCAAACCAUAAUUAAGACAACAUAUAGGUACAGGAGUACGUAAUACUACUUUGUUAUUGUUAUUAAUUUCUCAGAGAGUUGUGUACGUACGUUGACGAGGAGGAUGGCUUCAGGGGAGGUGUCUCGAGAGACGCAGAUGUCCAUUGAAGCUACGUCUAUGUUUCCUGGCUUUAGGUUUUCACCAACAGAUGUAGAGUUGAUUUCUUAUUAUCUGAAAAGGAAGAUUGAGGGAGCUGAGAAAUGUGUUGAAGUUAUUUCUGAGAUUGAAAUUUGUAAACACGAGCCUUGGGAUUUGCCAGCGAAAUCUGUCAUCCAAUCGGAGAAUGAGUGGUUCUUCUUUUCGGCUCGUGGAAGAAAAUACCCGAAUGGGUCACAAAGUAAGAGGGCAACUGAACUUGGUUACUGGAAAGCAACUGGCAAGGAACGUAACGUGAACUCAGGUUCUGAUGUGAUUGGUACCAAGAGAACUCUUGUGUUCCACGUAGGUCGUGCGCCGAAAGGGGAAAGAACAGAGUGGAUUAUGCAUGAAUAUUGUAUGAAAGGACAAUCCCAGGAUUCUUUAGUCGUUUGCCGCCUGCGGAAGAAUGCCGAGUUCCGUCUCAGUGAUACUUCAAACCAGGGUGAUGUAAAUGAAAGGCAUUUGUCAACCACGCAUAAUAGUAGUAAUGCCGUUUCUGAUGGUGGUAUUGAUCAGGGGGGGGUACCUGCAAGUGAGAAGGCUGCUGAAUGCUCCAAGAGCUGUGAAUCUUACUCUAUUGAGCAACUUUCUUCAGCGUCCGAAUCUGAACUGAAAUUAUCAAAUGAUGUUGCCUUGGCAGAGUCUUCCAGCCACCAGAAGGAUUCUGACAACGAUGAGGAUUUUUAUGCUGAUAUACUGAAGGAUGAUAUUAUUAAACUCGAUGAAACUCCAUUUUUCGCCCCUCCUGGGCUUCGUUCACUGGUUGCGAGCAACUCUGGGGCUGGAACAAGACCUGAACAACCAGUCGAAAUAUUUAUGUCGGAGGCACUUCCUUUACGCCCAGUUCCCUCGCAAGGAACAGAAAAUCAGCCAGUCGAGAUAUUUAUGUCGGAGGCACUUCGUUUAUCCUCAAUUUCUUCGCAAGGAACUGAAAAUCAGCCAGUCGAGAUUUUUAUGUCGGAGGCACUUCCUUUAUCCCCAAUUUCUUGGCAAGGAACUGAAAAUCAGCCAGUCGAGAUGUUUAUGUCGGAGGCACUUCCUUUACACUCAAUCCUAGGAACUGAAAAUCAGCCAGUUGAGAUGUUUAUGUCGGAGGCACUUCCUUCACCCUCAAUCCUAGGAACAGAAAAUCAGCCAGCCGAGAUAUUUAUGUCGGAGGCACUUCCUUCACCCUCAAUUUCUUCGCAAGGAACAGCAAACCGAAGAAUCAAGCUGAGGAGGCAAAUGCCUGGUAUGUCUCAAGCAGAGAUGCAUGUUAAUAAUGUAGGUGAGGAAGGUAAGUUGCCAUGCUCAAAGGAGCCUCCAAAAUGUGUGCUUAGUUUACUCUCUGCAAAGACGGGCAAGCUUCGACAUAUUUCUACAGUUUUUAUUAUCCUGACUUUACUGGUUGUGUUUGUGUACUUGUUGGGAGGUUUCAAGUAAGUCAAAAGGAUCAUACAUGCCACCAUGUACAGAACCUAGCUCCUGGCAUUAAAUGUACAAAUGUCAGAUUGGCAAGAUGUUUAUAUGUAAUUAAACAUAGCGAAUGAUUAGAGGAGAACUUAGCCACCAAAACAAGAUAUGUAAUUAAUUCUUAGUUGCAUAAUAAUAAAGAAGCAUGCCUGGAUUUGAUUAAGGCAUGGAAUAAAA